AUGUCUGCUCGAUCUCGCCUUCAUUGGCCAGGUCGCGCCGUUGAGGCUGUUCGUGAUCAUGUGCUCGUAUAUCUCUAUCGCCCAGCGGCUUGGAACAAUCGAGCUGCAUCAAAGCCACGGGCUAUUAAUACUGACGAGAGCUUCGUCAUUGUGUUAUCCCCGCCGCAGGUUUGGCAACAGCAGCGCCGGCGACUGAGGCCGAGGAAAGUGGCGGAUACCGUCUCACCCCCACGCACCACCGGGAUCCAUCAAAAGCGUGGGCGCCCCCCCCCGUUGCCGCCACCUUCACAGCAGAUCAGAGGCAGCUCACGGUCACCAAACAUUCACCCGGCCGCCGUCGCGCUUGACGCCUUCUCGCUGGCCAGGUUGGGCGGCGUUGGACGGCUGCCGGCGUGCCGCCUUGAAGUUGGGGCCGCCGCUCCCGCCCGCGCUCCCGCUUCCCUUGCCCAGACGAUCUUCCGGCGGUCGGCCACCAAAGCAGCAGCAUACAAUGCAGAACUGUCGGUCGGUCGCUGCCGCCUUCGCCGCAUGAAGACGUCGAUCUGGCCAGCUCCGCGCUCGCGGGAGCGUCAGCGAUUUGCAAGCUUGGCCACGCCGCUGACGUCAUGGGCGAACGUAGAAGAACACACUCGCCGUGAAUACUCGCCGCUGGGCGCGCGAGAAGGGCCACGCAGCGCGAUCUUCGGUGGAGCACUCGGCCGCAUGGAGAGCUCUCGCAGUCCGCCAGCUCCGUCCUCAGCGAGGAAGGCUAAAAAUGCUAGCAAUGCAUUGCAACACUUAUAG